UUGAUCAUUUACCUUGUUCACAAUUUUAUCAUUCUGGUAACGGGUGACAAGAUGAAACUGCUUAUCACAACUGUGUCUCUUCUUCAAUUUCUUACAGCGGUGUUUGGAAAGAGUGAAAAAACAUAUACGUUUGGAAAAGACUGUUCUGUAUCCAUUGAGCAUGUAGAUGAAGACAAAUCAAUAACAGUUGUAUACAAUGGAAUAGACGCUCUAAAAUAUUGUGAUGACAUGUCGUUUAUCGGGAGAGAUGCUGGCUAUCUGAAUGAAUAUGAGAUCUGUAUAACACCGGAGUUUUAUGAGGACCCUGAUUGUGCAGUAGAGUUAACUUACAGGGAUCAGUAUGAUGGUACACCAUUGAAGAAAUAUACAUGUUAUGACAAACCGACAACGAAAUAUUGUGGAGAACAGGACGCAUAUAUGUAUAUCUAUCUAACCCCCAAAAGUCCUAGUAAUCUUGGGAAUGUUCAAGUGAAACUGAAAAUUGAAGCUGUAAUGACAUAUAAUUACUAUACAACCAUCGGAAUAAUAAUAGGUAGCGUUAUUGGUGGUAUUUUGGUGAUAAGUGUAGUUAUUGGAGUAAUAUUAUGUAUCACUUGUAGAGGACGAAGAUCGCCUGGACAAGUCAUUAACCCAGGUACUGGAGUAAGGAUGGGACAAUUUCAGUCACCUAAUGCAUCACAACCAGCAGGAAACUAUGCACCACCACUAACAGGAAGCUAUCCCACUCAACCAACAGGAAGUCAUCCUACACAACAAACCUGAAAUGGUCAUACUCCACCGGCGCCUGUGUUUGCUGGCUACACAUACAAUACUCCUCCGCCAGCAUACAGUACAGUUCCAAAAACGUGAAUCGAUAUGAAAAUAUCUUUUUUUAUUCUGAGUAUGAAAUCCAUUUUAUAUUCUUUAAAUGAAAUGUCUAUCUAAGCUGUGAUAGUGAUUAUUUUCAUCUUGAUUUAAAAAAAAAGAUUGAAUUUUUCUUUAAAUAAAUUUGACUCUUAUCUUACUUAUUUUACAAAUUGUCGGAUUUCAUGUCGACGAAAUACGUCAUGUUCAAUGGUAUGACCUUUCUUGUUAUUUGUGACUAAGUGUGCAAAAGCUAUAUGGUCACGGUCAUAUUUUUUUCAGUAACAGAAUCAAAUUGUGAAACUUUGGAACAUUUGAGUGUUGAAGAGUCUAAAUAAUACACUUCAAAGAUUUCUGUUCGUUGUUGAAAUACUUGAUAAAAUAAUGCAAUGUAUUUAUAAAACGUUGUUUAUGUAUACACUAUUUAUAAUAUUUACCUUUUAUUUAGGGAGGAGUUAUGUAGAAGCAAAUUUAAUCUAAAUAGUGUUUAUGCGAUGCGAUCUUAUUAAAAAUAAUGAUUUUUUUUUAUUAAUUGACUAUGUACAUUGACUGUUUUAUUAUUUAUUUGUGAACAUUAAAUUUCAUAUCUUUA